AUACAGGUUUUGAUAGCAAUUGGUCGUGACUCCUGUACAAGGAAACUAGGCUUGGAGAAGAUUGGUGUCAAAAUCAAUGAGAAGAGUGGCAAAAUACCAGUAAAUGAUGUGGAACAGACCAGUGUGCCCUAUGUCUAUGCUGUUGGGGAUGUUUUGGAGGGUAAACCAGAGCUCACUCCUGUAGCUAUACAGGCAGGCCGGCUGCUAGCUCGAAGACUUUUUGGAGGCUCUUUAGAAAAGGUAUAUCAUACGUUUUUCUGGCCUCUUGAAUGGACAGUAGCUGGCAGAGACAACCAUGCUUGUUAUGCAAAGAUAAUCUGCAAUAAAUUCGACAAUGAACGGGUGGUAGGAUUUCAUAUUCUUGGACCAAAUGCUGGUGAGGUUACCCAAGGAUUUGCAGUGGCAAUGAAAUGUGGGCUCACAAAACAGCUACUCGAUGACACCGUUGGAAUUCACCCCACAUGCGGGGAGGUAUUCACAACUUUGGAAAUCACAAAGUCAUCGGGACUAGACGUCACCCAGAAAGGCUGCUGA